GUUUUUUGGAUCUUUGCUGUGGAGGGACGGCAUGGUGCUUCUACCUAGAGUGCCAUUUUGCCAGAAGUCCUACCAGGGAAUGAUUUCAAAGGUUUACCAACCAUUGACAAAGAAGUGUUCAGUUGGCACGAAAAGUGGCCAUUAACAUCCAAUGGAAUUGUGUGAGGCUACCAUGGAACAUUGUCUAAUUAGAGGUGGAGGAACAUUAAGGAACUAUCUACACAAAACCACGUAUGUGAAUCUUUCCUUGAUAGGGAAUUGAAGGGCCUUUCAAGGCUAAUUUUGGGUGAUUUUCAUGUUACCCUCACUUUAGUUGAUAGCCCCAGGUUAGAUGUGAUCAUUUGUCUUGGCUCUCAUAUCAUAUUACAGUUAUUUCUUUAGGGAAAGACCUCCUUCACUAGACUUCUAGCAAGGGCAGGGCCCAAGUCAUAUUCAUCUUUAGCUGUCAAUUGAUAAUUGCUGAAUAAACUUUUAGGGUGCAAAUCAUUUUCCAGCCAUCCACAUCUGAAGGCAAUCAAGUGUGUUUAAUUAUAGUUCUAAUUUCCGUUCUCUUGUAUUUACAGCCACCACUGGUCCAAGCAAUCUUUAGUGGCGAUCCAGAGGAGAUACGGAUGCUUAUCCACAAAACCGAAGAUGUGAAUGCUCUGGAUUCUGAGAAACGGACCCCCCUUCAUGUGGCUGCAUUUCUGGGAGAUGCAGAGAUCAUUGAACUCCUGAUUCUGUCAGGAGCUCGUGUUAAUGCCAAGGACAACAUGUGGCUGACCCCACUGCACCGGGCUGUUGCCUCCAGAAGUGAAGACGCAGUGCAAGUAUUGAUUAAGCACUCAGCUGAUGUCAAUGCGAGGGACAAGAACUGGCAGACCCCCCUCCACGUGGCAGCAGCCAAUAAGGCUGUCAAGUGUGCAGAAGUGAUCAUUCCCUUGCUAAGCAGCGUCAAUGUCUCCGACCGAGGGGGGCGGACAGCCUUGCACCAUGCAGCUCUGAAUGGCCAUGUGGAGAUGGUCAAUUUACUGUUGGCCAAAGGGGCAAACAUCAAUGCAUUUGACAAGAAGGACCGGCGUGCUCUGCACUGGGCAGCAUAUAUGGGCCACCUGGACGUAGUAGCAUUGCUCAUUAACCAUGGCGCAGAAGUGACGUGUAAGGAUAAGAAGGGUUACACGGCCCUGCACGCUGCAGUCUCCAAUGGACAGAUCAAUGUUGUCAAACACCUCCUGAAUCUGGGGGUGGAGAUUGAUGAAAUCAACGUCUAUGGAAAUACUGCCCUUCAUAUCGCCUGCUACAAUGGCCAGGAUGCUGUAGUUAAUGAGCUGAUUGACUACGGUGCUAACGUGAACCAGCCAAACAACAACGGGUUCACCCCUUUGCAUUUUGCUGCCUCCUCCACUCACGGUGCUUUGUGUCUUGAACUGCUAGUCAACAAUGGGGCGGAUGUUAACAUUCAGAGUAAAGAUGGCAAAAGUCCACUGCACAUGACAGCUGUCCAUGGAAGGUUCACACGGUCACAAACCCUCAUUCAGAAUGGAGGUGAAAUUGACUGUGUGGAUAAGGAUGGCAACACUCCUCUCCAUGUGGCUGCAAGAUACGGUCAUGAGCUUUUGAUUAACACCUUAAUAACCAGCGGAGCCGACACUGCCAAGUGUGGAAUCCAUAGCAUGUUCCCCUUACAUUUAGCGGCCCUAAAUGCUCACUCUGACUGCUGCAGAAAGUUGUUGUCAUCAGGACAAAAGUAUAGCAUAGUAUCCUUGUUUAGUAAUGAGCACGUGCUGUCUGCAGGCUUUGAAAUAGACACCCCAGAUAAAUUUGGAAGAACGUGCCUUCAUGCUGCUGCUGCAGGAGGUAAUGUGGAUUGUAUAAAACUCUUGCAGAGCAGCGGAGCAGAUUUCCAUAAAAAGGACAAAUGUGGGAGGACCCCUUUGCAUUAUGCAGCUGCGAAUUGUCAUUUCCACUGUAUUGAGACAUUAGUGACCACAGGGGCCAACGUUAAUGAAACGGAUGAUUGGGGACGGACAGCUUUGCACUAUGCUGCCGCAUCAGACAUGGAUAGAAAUAAGACCAUCUUAGGAAACGCCCAUGAAAAUUCAGAAGAACUUGAAAGAGCCAGGGAGCUGAAGGAGAAGGAAGCCGCACUAUGUUUAGAGUUUCUGCUUCAGAAUGAUGCAGACCCCUCUAUCCGGGACAAGGAAGGUUACAAUAGCAUACAUUAUGCUGCUGCCUACGGCCACAGACAGUGUCUGGAGUUGCUUUUGGAAAGAACCACCAGUGGAUUUGAAGAAUCAGAUUCUGGUGCUACCAAGAGUCCACUUCACUUAGCUGCCUACAAUGGGCACCAUCAAGCCUUGGAAGUCCUUCUGCAGUCGCUGGUGGACCUGGACAUCAGGGACGAGAAAGGCCGCACUGCUCUGGACCUGGCUGCCUUUAAGGGACACACAGAAUGUGUGGAAGCACUUAUCAAUCAGGGUGCAUCCAUCUUAGUGAAAGACAAUGUAACCAAAAGAACCCCCCUUCAUGCCUCAGUAAUUAAUGGUCACACACUGUGUUUGCGGCUAUUACUAGAAAUUGCAGACAACCCAGAAGUGGUUGACGUGAAAGAUGCCAAAGGACAAACCCCACUGAUGGUUGCAGUAGCGUAUGGCCACAUUGAUGCUGUUUCAUUGUUACUUGAAAAGGAAGCAAAGGUAGAUGCUGUUGAUAUCAUGGGAUGCACAGCUUUACACAGAGGGAUUAUGACGGGACAUGAGGAGUGUGUGCAAAUGCUGCUGGAACAGGAAGUGUCAAUUCUCUGUAAAGAUUCCAGAGGGAGGACGCCCCUGCACUAUGCAGCUGCUCGUGGCCAUGCCACGUGGCUGAGUGAGCUGCUCCAGAUGGCACUUUCCGAAGAGGAUUGUUCUUUCAAGGAUAAUCAAGGCUACACCCCACUGCACUGGGCUUGUUACAAUGGUAAUGAAAACUGUCUAGAGGUACUUCUGGAGCAAAAAUGUUUUCGCGAGUUUAUCGGUAAUCCCUUUACUCCGCUACACUGUGCAAUAAUAAAUGAUCAUGAGAGUUGUGCAUCACUGCUGCUUGGGGCCAUAGAUUCCAGUAUUGUCAGUUGUAGAGACGACAAAGGACGAACACCUCUUCAUGCGGCAGCCUUUGCUGAUCACGUGGAGUGCUUGCAGCUUCUUUUGAGCCACAGUGCUGAAGUGAACGCGGCAGACAAUUCAGGGAAAACAGCACUGAUGAUGGCUGCUGAGAACGGGCAGGCAGGCGCCGUGGAUAUUUUGGUGAACGGUGCCCAGGCUGACCUGACUAUAAAGGAUAAGGACUUGAAUACACCAUUACAUUUGGCUUGUAGUAAAGGUCAUGAAAAAUGUGCCUUGUUAAUACUUGACAAGAUACAAGAUGAGAGCCUUAUUAAUGCAAAAAAUAAUGCACUGCAGACACCUCUCCACGUUGCCGCACGUAAUGGCUUGAAGAUGGUGGUUGAGGAGUUGCUAGCCAAAGGAGCCUGUGUACUUGCUGUAGAUGAAAAUGGUCAUACCCCGGCCCUGGCUUGCGCUCCUAACAAAGACGUGGCUGACUGCCUGGCCCUCAUUUUGGCUACCAUGAUGCCUUUUUCUCCUUCCAAUACAAUGACGGCUGUCAACUUCAUUUGUUUUAAAAGAGACAAUUUGAGCAGAACGACCCUCUCCAAUCUGGGUAGCAUGGUUAGCCUGUGCAGUAACAACGUAGGUUCGGAGGAUGGGUACAAUGAAAAUGAUUCAGAUUCGGAAACGUUUUGACUUUGGACUGUAGAAGCUUUUCCUUGAUCACCCAUGUUGGAGGAAGGGAAAGAAGCUUGAAUAUCAAGAGUUUGUUACAUUCUAGUAUUAUUGUGGGUCUAAGCUUCCAGAAGCCAGUUAAGAAGGAAGGAAUUAAUCAAACCGAGGGAGGGCAGCUAUGCUAUAGGGGAAGAAUUCACACAGAUGGGCCGUGAAUUUGCUUUGUUCCACGUUUUCCUUAGAGCUAAGGUACUUCUGUGAAAGUCUACCUCUCAUUUUAAGGAAGGAAUAAAAAAUGCAUUUCUUCUUUGGGGAUAAUGAAACAGAGAGGGAGCUGUUCUCUAUAAGGAUUUCUUUUUUUUCAAGUACUCACUCACCAGUGAGUUCUCAGAAGUAUAUCAAUGUGAUAUUCAUGUCCCCUGGGAGGGGAAGGAAGGGGUGCAUAGGAAACGCCUCAGAUCUCUUCUCACUUUAAUGUUUACUUCCUCACUAGAAGCCAAAGGUAAAGGUGUUCAUCUUCAGAAAUAAUGCCUGUAAUAAUCUUUUUAAGGGAGUCCAACUAUUCAUAUCUUCUCUAUAGUAAGCACUUAAAUAUCCAGAACUUCUGAGGAUGAAUUUAAAAAUUGAACUAGCUUUUUUUUAUUUUAUUUUUUUUAACACAGUAUGGCACCCAGUGUUCCCCAUAACAAGCUUGUGACUAAUUUUACCCAAGUGAUUGAAUUCAAAUCUAUAUACUAACAUUUUAGGUAAAAAUUAUAUUGCACCAAAACUUUGAGACAGUAUGCAAAUUUAAAAUGAAACUACCUUUAUAAAUUCAUCCUUAAAUAAAAAUACCAACUUUUUGAAAACAUCAGAACUAUCAGCAUUUUUCAUCAAAUGUAUGAUGAAACAUCUCAUGUAGGAUGAAAUACAGUAAUACGUUAAAUGAGCUUCUCAGUCAAGGUCAUGCCAAGUGAGUGAAAGUGUGACUCCAAAAGGGAACAAAGGAAGCACAAGCAGGAAAUAGAAAUGGGUAAUAUGGAGAUUAAAGCCAAUUACCAACUGUUUGAUGAAAUCAUCAUAGUGAAUACUGUGUCUGCUCCCUCUGCCAAAGUUUCUAGGUCAAAUGGACCCCGUUCCGCACUUGGAACAGCUGUACAAAAAGAAGAAUGAGACUCUUUUAAAAAUAUGCACAUACACACACACAUACAUGUGUAUAUGUAUAUAUAUGUAUUUCAUCAACCAGCUACACAUGAGGACCAAAAUGCUUCAGUCGAAAAUGGAAGAUUUAAAUUUUUUUCCUUCAAAAUGGAAGUGAGAAAUGAAGUAGCUUUUCUAUGGCGUAAAAUGUAAUCUUUUUGUGUAACAGUCUUUGUUGUAUUUUAUAUUUCUUGCAACAGAUUUCUAGUUGAUGGUUGAACAUUUGUAACUGAUGAUGUGUUGACCACGGUUUAUUUUUUUGCCAAACUAGAGAAAUGUUCAUAUACUUUUGAUGUAAAUGUGUUUAUAUUUAUUUGAAAUGAAACAAAUGCCGAGGAAACAUAUCCAUUGUUUGUUCUCUGUUGUAAUCGCUAUAUGUCUUAUUUGGGGUAACAAAAAAGCAGAAAGACACAUGCAACCCCUGGCUAGCCAGAAGUCCUGGGACCAUGUCCAGCAUGUCCACUGCUAAAGUUUCUAGCUGAGCCUCAGGUUCUUCCACGUCAGUUGGGAAGAGGUACACUGCUUACCCCCAGUCUGCAGCCAGCUUAGAAUUUAGAAGACUUUGCAGUCUGCGUACUCUUCUCCAAGAUGAAAGCUGAAGUGCACAGAGGAACAUAGUAUAAAUGUGGUCCAAAGAAAGAUACAGAAAUUAUCCUAAAUACAUGGAAAAAAUCUCACAUGGCCCCAGUAUCCUAAUGGGAAAACAAUGUCAGUGUGCUGGCACAUGUGCUGAGAGAAGAAAUAAAAAUCACCAGCUCAAGUGCUACUUUCCACUUGAGGAAGAGACAGGGAAGAAACUGUAUUAGGACAGUACUCCUCGAUAUUUUGUAACGAGUUCCAUUUUAACCCUGGAAAUUUCUAUUUUAUAGUGUACGUGAGAUAUUUUCUAAAACAGUGUUCCUAGCACACCUGGAUAAAAUUUAGAUACUGUAUUUUUCAUCUAACUGUUAAAGACUUUAAUCUUACUCUUUUAAUAUCCUGAAUUUAAUUAAAACUCAUGUUGGGUUCUUCACAAAUAAGAAUUUGUUCAAAGGACUUAUAGAAUUGGUAUCAGUUUCACUGAAAAUUUUCAAAAUGACCAACAUUAUUUUUUGAAUUUUUGGUAUUGUGUUCUCUUCCUUCCUCCGUCUUUUUUGUUUGUUCUAGAGAUUUUUUUUUAAUAAAUUGCUUAUGAGCAAUAAUGACUUUAUAUUUACCAACACACUGAAAAUAAGGAAAAUCCAGUGUUGAAGAAGCAUGAAAUACCGCGGUGUCUUUUUCUAGAAAUGAAUGGAAAUCUUGCUCAGUUGGCAUUUAAGGCAGGAAAUGAAAUGCCUGCUUUCAUGGUGAAGUAGCGUUAACAUUUUUCUGUAGAGUAGCAGAGAGAACAAGGAAUGCUGCAGCAACACAGUGACUGUGAUCACAUGACAUCAUCACCACGGAGCUGCAUUUGGACUUUUUCCCCACUCUUACUGGUAGAAGGAGGACAAAAGGAACAAAAUGAAAUCAGACACCCAUUGAAUCUGUCUCUGUCUUUCUUUCUUUCUCACUCCCCAAAGACCAAGUUUUUUUUUUUCUUGAAUAAAUGAAUUAAAUACUAUAAUUUCUGUGUUUUUUAAGUAAU